UUGUCGCUUUUUUCGAAAACUAACCAGAAUGGAUGAUGCUUCUCCUUCGAAACGCCCAACUCCCUUAUGGAUUGGAACACACAACGGAACCUUCCACUGCGACGAGGUUGUGGCAUGCUUCAUGCUGAAACAAUUGCCGGAGUACGAGAAUGCCGAGAUCUUCCGCAGUCGUGACGAUAAGGAACUGAGGGAAAAGUGUGACGUCAUAGUGGAUGUGGGCAGUGUGUACGAUCAUGACAAGAAAUGGUACGACCAUCAUCAGACAUCGUUCAAGGAAACAUUCAACAUUCUUCGCCCAGAGGUCUCCAAGGAUUUCAACAUCCGAUUGAGCAGCGCUGGCCUAAUCUAUACUCACUACGGCGAGCGGGUCAUCCAGAGUAUCCUAAAGCGUGAGCGUAAUGUCCAGCUGUCGCCGGAUAAUCUGCAACUGGCCUUUGUGCAGAUCUAUGGGAAUUUCAUCAGUGAACUGGAUGCCAUUGACAAUGGCGUGAGUAUGUAUGACGGAGGCGAGCCACGCUAUAAGAUAAACACUCAUCUGUCAGCACGUGUGGGUAGGCUAAAUACCUCCUGGCAAGACACGGAUGUUGAUAACGAGCAGCGUUUUAAGCAGGCUAUGGAUGUAGCUGGCAGGGAGUUUGUCGACAACGUUUUGGAGGUGGCCUGCUCUUGGAUUACGGCCCGUGACCAUGUGCGCACUGCUCUGAAGGAGGCAAAGACCAUCUACCCGACGGGCGAGAUAAUCCUGUUGUCAACGUUCUGCCCAUGGAAAGCUCAUUUGGCAGAUUUGGAAAAGGAGUACCAUGUUGAAGGAGUGCCAAAAUUGGUUAUUUUCUCUGAUGGCAGCGGUUGGCGAGUGGCUGGAGUGCCUCUGAGUCCCGGUAGUUUUGUGGGACGCAAAUUUCUGCCCACCCCCUGGAGGGGAGCGCGAGACGAAAAGCUGAGCGAACUGGCCGGGAUUAAAGAUCUCAUAUUUGUCCACCACAACGGAUUCAUUGGUGGAGCCAAGACCAUGGAGGCGGCAUUGGCACUUGCCAAGAAGUCUGUCGAGUGGAAAGAGGAAUAAUAACUACUAUUAAA